AUCCAUAGCUGAUCAAGACGUCAACCGUUGGCCACGACUGACGUGAGUAAGUUCAAUAUUAUUAUUAUUAUUUCACGUUGCUGACUGCUGUAAUUCCUAUUGAAGUAUCGAAUCUCAAAGUCCCAAGUGCUAAUUACCAAUUGCCAUGCGCCACUUAGGAUAACGCACCUUGUUUCCGUGUCUGUGGUAUCUUUGAUGAUAAUCAAUAUAACAGUUUUAUAGGAACAACAAUAGUUUCGACCGUCGUGGUGUUUCAGAAUUGUGUUCGUGGCAUGGCACCACGUCCCGUGUGCGUAAAACCAACUGUACUCUGCAAUAAAUAAUAGUCGCCAUCAACUCUGUUUUGCGCUGUUUGUUGUCAUCGUAUUUUUAUUACCGAACCUAGUAGGUGCGAACGAUCAUGCUUAAAGCCGUAAUAUUGAUCGGUGGUCCGUCUAAAGGCACUCGAUUCCGCCCCCUUUCGUUGGAUGUACCUAAACCGCUUUUCCCCGUGGCUGGCCUACCUGUUGUUCAGCACCACAUAGAUGCUUGUUACCGUCUGGGUCAACAACGUAGUUCAAUUCCUGAAGAUGGUAGUGAGAGCAAUGUUAGCAAAUAUUGUGUAGCCGAGGUGCUUUUAUUGGGAUACUACGGAGAUGAUGAACUGGCAGACUUCUUACUUACUGCCACUCAGAGUUAUCCAUCACUGCGAAUUAGGUACCUACGCGAACCUGAUGCUUUGGGUACAGCUGGUGGCCUAUAUCAUUUUCGUGAAACGAUUCUGGCUCCGUUAGGCAAUACUGAUGGCAGUGAAGGUGAACAAGUGCAGGCUUUUUUUGUUAUGAAUGGUGAUGUUUGUGCUGACUUUCCAUUAGAUGAGAUGCUUGACAUGCACUUCUGUAAUAAUAGUCUCCAGUCACAGCAUCAACAAAAACAACCAGUGCUAAUUACUGUUAUGGCUACUGAAACCACUCGUCAACAAUCUGUCCACUAUGGAUGCAUGGUUGUAGACAAAGAAACAAAUAUCAUACAACAUUAUGUUGAGAAGCCAUCUACAUUUGUUUCAAAUACGGUGAACUGUGGUGUUUAUUUGUGUUCCCCACGGUUAUUUGAUACUAUAGCAGAAAUUCAUUUAGAAAUGUCCAACAGUAAUGGAAAUGGUACUCAACAACAUACCAUCAGGUAUACUAGCAGUAAUAAAAAUAAUAUUAACCUACAGCAGCAACAAAAGCCGACUGAAGAACGAGUUGCUGCUGCCAUGGUCAUGUGGAUGGAGCAAGAUGUGCUACGUAGACUAGCAGGAGAAUCUGGAAGUGGUUGCAGUAGUGGUGGUGAUGGUGGUAGCAGAAUAAAGAAGGAUGCUGUAUGUAGUGGAGUUGCUUUGGCAGCAACCACACGUAACUGGUGGUCUCAAUUGAAGACUGCUGGUGCAGCAAUCUAUGCAAAUCGUCACUACUUAGCGUUGCGCCAACAACGGCAACGGUUACUACAACGAGAACCAAUUGAUUUACCAUUGCCUUCACCAGUAAAAUGUCGAUUAGCAACUGCAGAUCCUAAAGGUGGAUAUUCAACAAUUGGAAAUGUGUAUGUGCAUCCAUCAGCUCAAGUGCACCCAACUGCAUUACUAGGUCCAAAUGUAAGUGUAGGGGAAGGAGCAUGUAUUGACCAAGGUGUACGUAUUAAGGAGUCUAUUGUGCUACAAGAUGCUGUCAUUGGUCAACAUAGUCUGGUGAUGCACAGUAUUAUUGGUAGACGUGCUAAAGUUGGUGCUUGGUGCCGUGUAGAAGGUAGUGCAGCGUGCUCGGACCCUAAUCCUAAUGUGGCAUAUGCCAAAAUGACACCUCAGCUGCCUUUAUUUAACGCCUUAGAUGGUCGACUCAAUCCAUCCAUUACUAUACUUGGUUGUGGAGUCAAUGUCGAAUCUGAGGUGGUAUUAUUGAACAGCAUUGUGUUGCCUUACAAGACGUUAACCAGAAGUUAUAAAAACGAAAUAAUAUUGUGAUCCUUGCAUAGUUGAAUUUUAUGUAUCGUAUAACAAUUAGCAAACCAUUAUUGAUAAAUAAAUUAUGAUGUACAUUUAUUAUUAUUUCAAAUAUGAUUAUUAAUUAUGUGGGUAUACUUAAAUGUUAUAUCCUUAUUAAUUCUUUAAUGUUAGCUGUUACGUUAGUGUAUUUUGUGUAUUAAUAUUACAAUAACAUUUUAUAUUAAAUUAUAAUUAUAAUUAUAUUUAUAUU